CAAACAAAGAGCUAGCAGCGUUAGCUCCGUACUCUGCAUGCGGACAUAAAAAGCGUGAAGAGGGUGUUGUGUUCAUGUGUCGCAGGUAAAAUAUUCUGUUGUUAGCGAAGCAGCGAUGUCUUCACUUCAGUGUUUCAGGGAUUUAAUCACCGAGCGUCUAACUGUUGCUGCUGAAGAAAUAUUCAGACACGUAGAAAGAACCGUCGUAGAGUACGAGGAAGAGUUGGAUCGUCAGCGCAAACUGUUGGAGAUCGUUUGCAAACCUCGAGUAAAGUUAAAGCGAAUAGAGCUUCCACAGCAGCAUGUCUGUCAAGAGGAGGAGGUUCUCACUGAGCAGCAGCUCUGGAACCAGGAGAGGAACUCCAGUCUGGACCAAGAGGAACCAGAGUCACUACAGAUUAAAAAGGAGCAGGCGGAAAUCUGCACCAGUCAUGAGGGAGAACAUCUUGAAGUGAAGCAGGAGGCUGAUACAUUAUUGUUGACUCCUGAAAAUGAGGAAAGUGACCACAUGGAACCAGAAAGAAAUGAGGAAGAUGUGGAUCUUCAGCACAGACUCCAUAUGAAGUGGAGCCCUGUAAUAAAGUUACAGAGUACAGAGCUUCCACAGCAGCAUGUCUGUAAAGAGGAGGAGGUGCUCACUGAGCAGCAGCUCUGGAACCAGGAGAGGAACUCCAGUCUGGACCAAGAGGAACCAGAGUUACUACAGAUUAAAGUGGAGCAGGAGGAAAUCUGCACCAGUCAUAAGGGAGAGCAGCUUGAAGUGAAGCAGGAGGCAGAUACAUUAUUGUUGACUCCUGUUAAAGAGGAACGUGACCACAUGGAACCAGAACCAGACAGUGACCACCAGCUCCUCUCUCACAGCUCUCCUGCAGCUCAGAGUCAGAAACCCUUUUCUUGCACAACAUGUGGAGGGUGUUUUAUUUCACGUAAGGAAUUGAUAGUCCAUGGAAGAAUUCACUACGGUGAGAGGCCAUAUUCCUGUAAAACAUGUGGAAAGCGUUUUUGUCGAAGUUCGGAUUUGAUAAGACAUGAAAAAAUCCACACAGGUGAGAGGUCACAUUCCUGUAAAAUAUGUGGAAAGUGUUUUGUUCAUAGGUCGGCUGUGAAAGUCCAUGAAAGAAUUCACUCUGGUGAAAAGCCUUAUUCCUGUAAAACAUGUGGAAAGUGUUUUUUGCGAAGGCCUCAUUUGACAGGCCAUGAAAGAAUUCACUCUGGUGAGAGGCCAUAUUCCUGUAAAACAUGUGGAAAGAGUUUUAUGCGAAGGCCUUAUUUGGUAAUCCAUGAAAGAAUUCACUCUGAUGAGAAGCCCUAUUCCUGUAAAACAUGUGGAAAGGGUUUUAUUCAUAGGCGGAGUUUGGUAAAACAUGAAAUAACUCACACUGGUGAGAAGCCAUAUUCCUGUAAAAUAUGUGGAAAGUGUUUCGUUGAUAGGUCUGCUGUGAUAGUCCAUGAAAGAAUUCACUCUGGUGAAAAGCCUUAUUCCUGUAAAACAUGUGGAAAGUGUUUUUUGCGAAGGUCUCAUUUGACAGUCCAUGAAAAAAUUCACACUGGUGAGAGGCCAUAUUCCUGUAAAACAUGUGGAAAGCAUUUUUUGCGAAGGCCUCAUUUGACAGUCCAUGAAAGAAUUCACUCUGGUGAGAAGCCAUAUUCCUGUGAAACAUGUGGAAAGGGUUUUAUUCAAAGGCGGAGUUUGGUAAAACAUGAAAUAACUCACACUGGUGAGAAGCCAUAUUCCUGUGAAACAUGUGAAAAGCAUUUUGUGCGAAAGCCUGAUUUGGUAAUCCAUGAAAGAAUUCACUCUGGUGAGAAGCCCUAUUUGUGUAAAACAUGUGGAAGAGGUUUUAAUCAAAAGCGGAGUUUGGUAGAACAUGAAAUAACUCACACUGGUGAGAAGCCAUAGUCCUGUGAAACAUGUGGAAAGGAUUCUUGAUAUAAGUUCAGUUUGAUAGAACAUGAAAGAAUUCAGGCAGUUCAUCCAUCUUAAGUCUUUUACAUUCCAGCAUCAUUUCCUCCCCCUUGGCCUCUUAUCCGUGAAAAUAAUUUACACUUCCAUGGUUACCCAGGUGGCACCCAGGUUAAUUUUUCCAGUAAACCCUACUCUACCCUCCCACCCUGUUCCCUCUCCAAUUUCCCGGUGCCCAUGUAAUCAACAAAACCCCCUCUGUGAAAUAAGAUUUUUUUUCGGCUUUUUAUGGCCUUUAGGGAGGUUUUAAAAAUGUGAAACUCCAUAAAUUUGAAAUAUAGAAUAUAAAGAUCUAUACAUGUCUCGAGGUGUCCCGUGCACACUUUUAUACUGUCUCUUAUACUGUUGUGGUAAAUGGGAAAAUUGCUUUUUGGGCAGCAUGAGUAUUUUUUGUUGCAGUACCACAAGUGGCCACCAUGACAAAAUUAUCUUCAAGGCAAAGGGGGCGGUGCUCUAUCCAGUGCUGAUAAUACAUCCAUGCUCAUGCUGAGGAGGCGAGAACUAGCUGAGUUCAUAGUUCACACACUGAGUUUUUCCUUAACUGUCAGUCACUUUUGGACAUAUGGAAGCUGGAUGUUGUCAAUAUAUAAACAUAAUGUUUAAUUAUAUCAACAAGCUCUGUUAAAUAUCUAUGUGAAAUAAUUGAGAAAAUUGUUCAAACCCAAUUAGGCAUUCAUUUUCACAGAUACAAUUUUAUUAGUGAUGUUUGUUCCAAUUUUUUAUGCCCGUUUUUAUUUCCUGUUAGUUUGUCGAUGUGUUUGUAGCAACCGAUAACGUAAUAACGGCCAAUAAUGUAAUAACGGCCAAAUGUAAUAAAAUGUAAUAAAACCAAUAAAAUAAUAAAUUGCCAAUAAUGUAAUGAAGUUGUUGAGCCAAUAACUAAUAACUUAUUGCCAAUAACGUAAUAACUUAUUACGUUAUUGGCUGGUUAUUACAUUAUUGG